GCGGGGCCCAGCGGGAGGCCUGGACGGCGCGGCCGGGUGAUGGUGGGCCCCUGUGCUGCUCCGGACGAAGGGGACCCCCCCACCGUCGGCCGUGCCGCCGGGCUGCCCCAGUGGGGCGUCUUGACCUCGUCCUCGGGAAGUUGGGUCGCCUGAGUUUGCCCGUCUCAGCCAAGUGCCCUUAGGAUGCAGGGAUUAAGGCUCUAGGCUCCCCGCCCCCUGGAGGGGCUCGGCCGGCGCUGGGGAGCUGGGUGCGGAGAGCAGGACGGGAAAGAUGCUGUCCGAGCAAGCCCAGAAGUGGUUUCCGACCCACGUGCAGGUCACUGUGCUCCAAGCCAAAGAUCUGAGGGCAAAAGGCAAAAGUGGCACCAAUGACACGUACACUAUAAUUCAGCUGGGCAAGGAAAAGUACUCCACCUCUGUGGCCGAGAAAACCCUUGAGCCUGUCUGGAAGGAAGAGGCCUCUUUUGAGCUCCCGGGACUGCUAAUGCAGGGCAACCCAGAGAAAUACAUUCUUUUCCUCAUAGUGAUGCACAGGUCCCUGGUGGGCCUGGAUAAGUUUUUAGGGCAGGUGGCAAUCAAUCUCAAUGACAUCUUUGAGGACAAACAGAGAAGGAAAACAGAGUGGUUUAGAUUAGAGUCCAAACAAGGAAAAAGAGCCAAAAACAGGGGUGAGAUAAAGGUCAACAUUCAAUUUAUGAGGAACAAUAUGACAGCAAGCAUGUUUGACUUAUCCAUGAAGGACAAGACAAGAUCUCCUUUUGCAAAAUUAAAAGAUAAGAUGAAAGGCAGAAAAAACGAUGGAACAUUUUCUGAUACGUCUUCAGCAAUCAUUCCAAGUUCUCACAUACCUGAUGCCAAUACUGAAUUUUCAAGUGGUGAAAUACAAAUGAAAUCCAAACCAAAAAAGCCUUUCCUUUUGGGUCCUCAGCGACUCUCAUCAGCACAUUCAAUGUCUGAUUUAACUGGGGCCCACAUGUCUUCUGAGAAACUGAAGUCUGGCGUCAUUGGUCAAACACAUCUUCUGGGCCGCCAGAUCGAUUCCUUUGGAGCAGUUCCAGAAGGUGGAAGUCUCAAAUCACCACACAGAAGAACAUUAAGCUUUGAUACUUCUAAAAUGAACCAACCUGACAGCAAUGUGGAUGAAGGUGAACCCUCUUUUGGAAGACAAAACGACCCAUUUACAAAUGUGACUGCUUCAUUACCCCAAAAAUUUGCAACACUGCCAAGGAAGAAAAACCCAUUUGAAGAAAGCACUGAAUCAUGGGACAGCGGCAUGAAUUUAUUUUCAAAACCAAUUGAAGUAAGGAAAGAAAGUAAAAGAGAGAAAAGGGAGAAAGUCAGCCUCUUUGAAAGAGUGACUGGAAAAAAAGAUAGCCGGAGAUCUGAUAGACUUAACAGUGGGGGAUCGGAUAGCCCAUGUGACUUGAAGUCGCCCAAUGCAUUUAGUGAAAGUCGUCAGGGCUAUUUUGAUUAUGAGUCAACUAAUCCGUUUACAACAAAAUUCAGGGCUUCAAAUAUAAUACCAUCUUCAAGUUUUCAUACAAAUCCUACAAGCAGUGAAGACCUCAGGAAAAUCCCGGACAGCAACCCUUUCGACGCCGCUGCGGGGUACCGGGGUCUGACCUAUGAGGAGGUGCUGCAGGAGCUGGUGAAACACAAAGAGCUCCUGCGGAGGAAGGACACCCACAUCCGGGAGCUGGAGGACUACAUCGACAACCUCCUUGUGAGGGUGAUGGAGGAGACGCCCAGCAUCCUCAGAGUGCCAUACGAGCCGUCCAGGAAAGCUGGCAAAGUCUCCACCAGUUAAUCAGCCCAUUGCACUGAAGUUAUAAUUGGGGGAAAGAAGAAGUGAAGAGAGAGAGGAAGAGGAAGUACUUGUGACUGCAAGAGACUGCACACUGUCAGGUUUCAUUCCAUGCCCCCUCCAUUGUGGAAAUGUGUUCUACCUGUAAAUAGUAACAUGGACUCUCAAGAGUGAUCUUUGAAGUGAGCCACAUUUAAACAUUAAAGUGAAAACAGGCCAGAUUGUCCAUGAGUCAACGGUUCCUUAGGAUUUGUUUGGGUGCUGGUGCGGGCCUACCCAUCUGCCAUUAGGCCAAGAACUAUCGUCAGAAGGGUGUGACUUAAUCCUUGGGAACAGCUUUCAUGUAGAGUUGAUACUGUGGCGGAUUUCUCAGAAAUCAGUUUGUAGACCUAUUUAGUGUAGGAAUACCACUCAGACACUACGAUUGGGAAAAGGUUCCUAUUUUAUAUACAUAGCUAUACAUGAAACAGGUUCAUGUAUCUUUGUAUGUAAAAUACAUGCAUAUACCUCAUACACAUGUGUUUUUACGUUUGAGAACUACUGGUUGUCUCUAAAAUUAGGGUACUGAUUUCUUAUUUGAAAAUAUAUGUGUGUGUGCUCUAUUGCUGUAAAACAGAUCAUCGCUGCUCUUAGGAUUGACCAUAGAAAAGCUGCUUCAAAUCACUCUUGAGUCUGUGAACCCUGGUCUCCAAAUGAGCUGCUUUAUAUAUAAUCCCAUAGAGUAUUUUCCAAAAGUAAUGACCCAGAGUCCUUUCUUAAAGAAUGACAUGUUUUAGGAAACUUCAUUAAUUUCACAACAGCAUGAACUUCUUGAAAUAAUUUCCUACCUUAACAUUUGAGUUUUGUUUGAGCUAUAAGCAGAAGAUAAGUUAAUGCAAUUUGUUGACAUUCUGCAUGACUUUAAAUCACACCAAGGGAAAUAUUAGGAAGGUAUAUCUGAAGAUAAUUUCGGGGAGUGGGGAGGGAGGAAAGUAGGUGAUCCUUUGAUGACUGAUAACCCAAAGCUAUGGGCAGAUUCUAGGAAUGAAGAAUUAGGCUUGGUUUCAAGUUACGUAAAUAAUAGAACAGAUGGUUGCAUUUGGGUCUUGAACCAAGAUGAGAGUUACUAAAGGAGGAUCGAGUUUUUAGAACAAAAACUAGCAUAACAUCAUACCGUAUUCUUUAUCUGCCCUUCAAGAGGAUCUAAAAAUUAGAUGUUGGCUUUUUUUAAGUCUGCUCUCCCAGGUUACCAAAAUGAGUCAUCUUUAUGUUCGUAUAAAAUAUUUUGAAGUUUAAAGUGAAAAGCAGUAGUAUCAGGAGGUCACUAAUCACUCGCUACUUAUUUUUACAAAUCUGAUACUUUGAAUUUAAAAUGAAGAACCCAUCCUAUAUUGAGGCAUAUGCCUGUCUUUUUAAUAAACUGCUUAUUUUGGUUUAAUACUUUAAGGCUUCACUGAAUACUAAAUACAAAAGUUUUUAAAUGAGCAAUGGUUUUGCUUAUUUUCGUAUUUCAUCAGCUGGUAUCCGUUGUUGGCUUCUCUAAGUUUCUUUUAGUUUUCCUCUGAUAACAUAACAUUUUUGAAUUCAGGAAAUUUUUCCAAAUUCCAAAAAUUUCUUCCUUUUUAAAUGAAGAAAUGGAGAAGGAAAAAUAGCUCCUAUUAACUUUUUCUUCCACUUUAAAAUUUCCAUAAUAGAUCUCAAAAUCUAGGGUAGACUUCUUUCACCAUUUGAGAUUUUGAAAAUUUUUUACAUGAUGCCGUUUUAAUUAACAUUUAUUAAAUAUUACAAACUUCUUAGUAUUUACUUUGUUGGUUAGUAUAAUUGGUAUGCAUAAUUUUGAAGUGCCAAAAUCCUUGUGUUUUCAGUAUUAUGCUAGCUAUCUACAGAUAUUUAACCACUUUGGCCAAAUUUGCUCUUUAUAAAAUGACCCUGGAUGCCAGUUUUGUACUGGGCAUGUUUUAUGUAAAUCGAGCUCACAAAACAUAUGAUUGAUGAACUGCCAUUCUUCCUUUUGAGCAAAUUCAUUUUUUAGUAGAGAUUCUUUGCUUAUAUAAAAGUUGUUAAGGAUUAUGCUUACCCACAUGUGAGAGUUGGGUUAUGAAUUUUAUCUUUAAAUCUGAGACAAGAUUUGUAUUGAAAAUUGAAUCUGCAUUUUUCAGUAUCUAAAAAUAUUCUGUUCUGAUGUUUGUGAAUUUUCACUCAUGACCUCACUUUCAUAAUUGGUUGAUAAAAUGAAGAUAAAAAUGUAAAAGUCAGUCCUCCAGGACACAGCAGUACCCCCCGUGUGUGGGCAGAAGUGCCGGCAGCAGUCGGCAUUCGAGCAUUGCAGAAAAAGAGCAAAAAGGUCACUUGAGUUGGUUUUCCCAAAAUGUAAUUUUUAAGUAUUCUGAUGGUAUACUAUUAGUUUAGAAACAAAUAAAAUGUAUGUACUCGUUAAAUAAAGCACAGCACAAUAGACUUCUAAACAGAUAUCACUUUGCUUUUAUGCUUAAAUAAAAAAUACAUGCUUAAAAAUAUUUAUUCACCCAUAAGAGGAUUUUUUAAAUCCAUAGAAUUGACAAACCCAGUUUAAGCUAAUCUAUUUUGGUUACAAAAUUCAGACUGUUACUUUAAAAAUUUGUUUUACAACUAGUUCCCAUCCUUGUUCUGAAAUUUAGUUUUGAAACUACUGUGCGUUCUGUCCUCCCACUUCGGCCUCAAGGUGCAGUUCAAACCAGGGCUUUGUCUUACAGAGUUGUAUAUAAAAUAAUCUGCCAUCCAUCCAUGAGAAAUGUUGAAGUUGCUUUUUUGCUGCUAUAUUCUGCAUUGAGCCUCAUUUUUUUUAACCAUCCCUGUCCCAAGAAUGUAGUAUUUUCCAUAGGUUAUGCAUAACUAUGUCUGUUGCUUUUCGCAGUAAAUGAAGAUCAAAUUGUAAUUUCCCCCCUGUGAAAAUAAAUGUUGCCUUGUAUUUAAAGGAGUUUCAUGAAUGGAAACCUAAGUACAGCUCAACUCAUGAGUGAACACUUGCUUUGCUCACACCCCUUCUUUCCCAGUUCCUCCCCCUCUCCCCCCCAACCCCAUAAGGGUGCUUAUUCUUUAGUAAGGAGAAUCUUAUAAAGAGACCUGCCAUCUUUAAUGUCUGGUAAUUGUUACAGUAGAGCUUUUACUUUCUCCUGUAGCUUUUUAGGAAGAGCCCUCUACCUUGGAUCUGCGAAUCAAGCUGAAACUGAUGUCCGUGUACUCAUGUCCCGUAGAGCUGGUAGGUGUCACUGUGUGUCAGUGAAGUAAGAGUAUGCUCAUUCCCUGAUCUCUUUGAAGUCAGAGGCAAGGACGCGUGCUGCGGGCUAGUGGCGGUAGGUGGAAGGGUCUGUCAGCGCACACUGCAAGCCCCCCUCUUCACAGAUUUAUAACUAAUAAUCCAGAUGCAGUCAUUGGAGGUAUUUAAUAUGCAAUAGAUAGCACCUUAUCUAAUUAAUCUGCAUAUGAAGGGUUUUCUGAUGUAUGUAAUAAGUGUAGAAGUUCUUCAAGCAUUAAACUGGAGGUGACAUUUUAUUUCUAUGUCAGAGAACCUACUCUUUCGAAUUGAAGUCUGUAACAAAUGAUGCAUCAGGCUUAUUUGUCUUCUAAGCUUCCAGGUAGUUUAUACUUUGAGGUACAAAACAAAUGCUGCAGGAUUUAGAAAUGUAUAUAUCUCACAGGUAUUUGGUUGAUGAGCAUUAUUUAUAACUGAAAAGUAUUACUAAGUCACAUGCUCUAGUAACUUGUGUACAGUUUUACAGGCACAAAUUAAAAAGUAUGUAAAUGUUGCAGAAUGUGACAGUCGUGUAAUUUAUGUAAUCAGAGGCAUGAAUCAACUUUUAUAUGUUAUUGACUUAUAAUUAAAGUAUUUACUCUUCAUUCAGUUGUCAUAAUUCUCACUGCAGAUAAACAGUGUGACAUGCAUUUGUAUGAGUCCUUGUCUUUCAAUAAACUCUUUGGUUGCCUUUUCUUG